UAAACCAGUUUGGAGGAAAAAAAGGAGCCAAGAAGGUCCUCAUGUGCGGCCCACCUACAGAGCCGCAAAAGCAAGACUUCUCUGUGCGCACUUUGGCAGGAGAAGCCGCGCUUCCACUGUGGGGACCGGACCCGCUUUGCGUCGCUGGGAAAUGAUGGCCGCUUACCAAAACCCGGACAGUGACUCCAUAGCGCUGAUGAUCCACGACACCAACACCAAGGAGAAAGACCUGCCCAAAGAGGAGCCGGCGCAGGACAAAGUAGCCGAGAAGCCGGAUCCGUCUCAGAAGCCGCCUUACUCGUACGUGGCUCUCAUCGCCAUGGCCAUCCGGGAGAGCUCCGAGAAGCGUCUGACCCUGUCGGGCAUCUACCAGUACAUCAUCACCAAGUUCCCCUUCUACGAGAAGAACAAAAAGGGCUGGCAAAACAGCAUCCGACACAACCUGAGCCUCAACGAAUGCUUCAUCAAGGUUCCGCGGGAGGGCGGCGGAGAGCGGAAGGGGAAUUACUGGACCCUCGACCCGGCCUGCGAGGACAUGUUCGAGAAGGGCAACUACCGGAGGCGCCGCCGAAUGAAGCGGCCGUUCAGGCCCCCGCCCGCGCACUUCCAGCCCGGAAAGUCGUUGUUCGGAGGGGACGGCUACGGCUACCUGUCCCCGCCCAAGUACCUGCAGUCCAGCUUCAUGAACAACUCCUGGUCGCUCGGACAGCCGCCCACGCCGAUGUCCUACACUUCCUGUCAGGUGGCCGGAGCCAACGUGAGCCCCGUCAAGGCGCUGUCGGCCCCCGCUUCUUACAACCCCUACUCCCGGGUGCAGAGCAUGGCGCUCCCCGGCAUGGUGAACUCUUACAACGGCAUGAGCCACCACCAUCACCCGGCUCACCCCCACCACUCGCAGCAGCUGAGCCCGUCCGCCGCCGCGCCUCCCCCGGUCUCCACCGGCAACGGAGCCGGCCUUCAGUUCGCUUGCUCCCGCCAGCCCGCGGAGCUGUCCAUGAUGCACUGCUCGUACUGGGAACAUGAGAGUAAACACUCGGCCUUGCAUACCAGGAUUGAUAUUUAAAUGCGACCAAAUCUCAAACAUUCUUUGUUUGGGGUUUUAUGUUUUGAAAGCGACGAAGUUCCGGUCCGGCCCGUGAACUUGGGAGCCGUGAACCGGGUGUAAAAGACAUCACCGGGACGCACCGGGUAUGGCCCGGACCCAGACCUUUCUGGUUGGACUGACUGGACUUUGUAUUGAUGCGACUUUGCAUUUCCACGGAGAGAAACUUGCGUCCACUGUGACCGUGCGUAAUGGUUCCGCUCCACUUUACGCGCGGCUUGACCAAAAAAAAAAAAAUCAACUUUGAUCCAUUGUCACCUUUUUAUUCACUUGGACUGAGCCAGGCUGGCAUGGUUGAGAGUUUCCAUCACGAUAUUUACAAAAUCAGGGUUUUCGAUGUGUUUUCUGUUUUUGUUUUUUUUUGCUCACAUUAAAAAUGAUAUCAUUUCCGGUAAGGGAAAAUAAAACAGGGCCACCUUUUGCAUAUCUUUUUUUUUUUUAAAUAAAAGUGAUAUAUUGUUACAUUCAUCUUGGGGGCCAUGUUUAAUUUUAAUUAGCACUUUUUAAAACUCUUUUCUAGUUUUGUGAAUUUCUUAAUAAACGAGUAUUUGCUUAAAAAAAUACAUCAGUGGUCAUUAACAAAUCUGUUUGGCAGUGAACGAUUUAUAAAUGCUUUAGUAAUGACAAAAUUGAUUUAUUAUGUCACAGUUUUUAAGUUUCAGUCACUUUUUUGCUAUCUCUGCAGAAACCAUCAAGACAAACAUUAUUUUCCCUCUAAAAUGUGCAGCAUCAACAAUUAAUAUAAUUUCUGUGCGAACCUAAAAGCACAUAUGAGGCAGAAAAACGUUAUUAAUAAAUGAUAAUACCCUUGAGAGACAUUCACACUAAUGUGUUUUUGUGUGACCAACGUCCAUGACAGACACCAAUAAAAUAAAAUACACCUUAAAAUAUAAAUAUAAUGUUUGUGUUUGGCACAUCUGCUUGAAACUUUAAGGUGCAACUUUUGGUAAAUAUUAAAUUCAAGAUGCUUUGCACAUUAUUUCCACUGGUGUAUUUUAAUCUAAAUUAGGAGGGACGCCUUUUUAUAAGGUAUAUAUUAUUUAUUUUCAUGUAAGAAAUGUCAGUAUGCGUGUAUUUAACACAUACACACAAAAAUAUGAGUUGUACAAAAGAAUAUUACUGACUGUAUGAUGCAUAUGUAGUGAAAUUGUCAAUAAUUACAUGACAGUACAUAUCAAUUUAGUUGGGUUUUUUAAAACAUUAAUUUAAUUUAGGUCAGAAAUGCACCCCAUCCUGCAGUCCAAGUCCAGGCAUGUUCUCACUCUCACACACACCAAAAGGAAACUUUAUUAAAUCUAUGUUACAUUAGUGAGGAUAUGGCAGUAUUUUGUGUUUGCAUAUGACUUUAAAUCAUUUUGCUAAAGAUAAAUAUAAAUAAAAAAUACUUUGCAUAUUAAUUAGACAUCAUUUGUUAAAGUUGUAAAUGUUGUAAUAUCCAACAAAUAACAAAUUUUAACUAUAGAAAAAUAUUUUUGGUAGAUUUAUUGACAAAAAAAGAAAGAAAAAAUAUGACUUUGAUUAUUAUGGAUCUUAUAAUGACUGAACUUCCUUUGUGCAUACAUCUUCUCUAACGAAUACUAAUAUAUAAUACGAAUAAAAGUGCAAACCGUUGCCCCCCUCCCCAUCCUCAGCAACCCCCACCCGCCCCAACAGUUUGACAUGUAGCAGUAUGCAUUCCCUACUUCCUCACGUUUAUGUUUUGUAAACACGAAGGAGAUAAGGGCACGUUUGAGUGGCAAAUGUAUUGCAUAAACACCCGUGUAAGAAUAACAAAUAGAGUGUUUAAAAAUAUGUUUUAACCAACACUUACAUAAACUGUCACUGACAGACGUGUGUGGUCAUGAUUCAUGCAGGGGAGUUGAUUUAGGAAAUGAAUAACAAUUAUGAAACCUGACUGGGCUUUUCAUCCACAUUAUGAAUAUCU